GGUGUGUGGCUGAUUUCCUGCUGAAACUCCCAAGUUAUGAAUAGUUUCACCGAUAAUCACGGCAUUUCUGACCCAUCUAGUGCGUCAAGCGGGAUCGCGCGCGCCUCCCGCUUUGGUCGGAAAAGCCCACCCUCCUCGCAGCGUUUGGCAGCGAUGUGGCGGCUGGCGGUGCUGACGCUGGCGGUUGCUGAGCACUUGAAUCCUGAGCAGAUCCACCUGGCCUUUGCUGGGCAGGAUGCUGCUGGCUACCCUUCCGGCAUGACGGUGUCGUGGUUCACCAGGAGCCAGCCGAAGGACAGCACUGUCCAAUUCGGCCUGUCCGAGUCACUCGACCAGUCCGCCGAAGGAACGUCCCACCACUACAUGAGCAACGCAGGCUUUCACUCCCAUGCGGAGAUGUCGAACCUGAAGGCCGACACCAAGUACUUCUACCGUGUUGGCAGCGCCAAGGACAAUAAGUGGUCGCAGGUGCUGAGCUUCACCUCCGCGAAGGCGGAGGGCGCCUUCUCCUUCGCCGUCUUCGGGGACAUGGGCUGGGAGAGUAGCACGGAGCGGCCAAUGGUGAUCACCUUGCACGGCUUGGAGAGGCACUGGUCUGCCACUGAGAGCCGCGCAACACUGGAGAAGUGGAAGGAUGAGAAGUCCAUCGACUGGAUUUGGCACCUCGGGGACAUCGGGUAUAUGGACGACUCCUACGCCCACUCGCCCGUCAGGUUCACUUACGAGAGCGCCUACAACGGCUACAUGAAUUGGCUCGAGAAUUUGACCUCGAGCAUGCCUUACAUGGUCGCAGCAGGCAACCACGAGUCGGAGUGCCACAGCCCCGCCUGCAUCGUGGACCCCUUCCUCGGGCGGGCGCUCAUGAACUUCACUGCGUACAACCACCGCUGGAAGAUGCCGUCGCAGGUCAGCAAGGGCCGAGCCAACAUGUGGUAUAGCUUCAACGUGGGCCUGGUCCACUUCAUCUCCAUCAACACGGAGACUGACUUUCCGGGCGCUGAGGAGACGUCCACAGGUGACGGGCACUUCUCCUGGCUGAAAGCGGGACACUUCGGUGCUGAUGGCGAAUACCUCUCCUGGCUCGAGGCGGAUCUGAAGGCAGCCAACGCCAACCGCAAGGAGCGGCCCUGGAUCAUCGCUGGUGGGCACCGACCCCUGAAGCGAGUGGGCAAGAGCGGGGUGACCGAGCUCUUUCAGAAAUACGGGGUGGACUUCUACUUCGCCGGACAUGCCCACAGGUAUUGGCGAGACGCUCCAUUUGGGGAGAAAAAUGAGACCAAGCGCGUCUACAAGGACCCCAGCGGCUUCAUUCAGAUUGUGACCGGCGGUGCCGGCUGCGACGAGAUGGAGUACAAGGUUGCCCCCAAGUGCUCCCCAGACACCGACACCUGCGUGCCCUCUGGGCACGACUGGGAUGGGGACGACGAACGGCUGCCGCAGAAUCCGGUGUAUGCCACCGACGUGAUCUCCAUGGGUCGUUUGGAGGCGGUGAACGCCUCGACUCUGCACUUCGUCCUGGCCGACUCCAAGCACGGCCAGACUUUGGAUGAAGUAUGGCUUUCGAAGACGAAGACCCCAGCGUCCAUUGUGGUUUGAUCCCAUCCUCCCACCAGGACACGAUUGCGCCUUGGGCGCACAUGUCGUGACGUGGCCUGAGUCUUAGGAUCUCUUCCGUGUAUGGCAGACAGUUUGAAGCCGGCUUCAAAUACAGGGGUGCUUGUGGGCUCGAAUUGUCGGAAAGUGAGUCCACACCGAUUGGAACCCAGUGUCUGUGUGUGAGUGCGCGUGUUUUGUGGAG